AAAUGCUAUAUAAUUACCUGAAUUAUAAGGCACCUAUGAUCAGACGCUUUGUGCGUAGUAGGUGUUUGGCGGGGUAUCUUUACAAGCUCCUCGAAGCUCAAAAAUAAUAUACUCUUCCUUCCAUUCCAAGUAACCUCCUCACUUCCACCCACUACCCACAACAUACAAGCAAUCAAUACACCACCUCCAACUUCCCACCUGACGUGUAUGCUCCGGAACGCCCUCAAAAUGGCCGAAACAACCGCAAAGCGUCUCAAGACCGACAUCACCAUCGGCACCCACAACGGGCACUUCCACGCCGACGAAGCCCUCGCAGUCUACAUGCUCCGCCUCCUCCCCGCCUACCAAUCCGCCAGCCUGAUCCGCACGCGCGACCCCGCCCUCCUCGCAACCUGCCACACCGUCGUCGACGUCGGCGGCGAAUACGACGCCACCCGCAACCUCUACGACCACCACCAGCGCACCUUCACCACCACCUUCCCCAACCGCCCCACCAAACUCUCCUCCGCGGGGCUGGUGUAUAUGCACUUCGGGAAGGCGAUUAUUGCGCAGAGCCUUGGUGUUGAGGAGUCGGCGGAUGAGGUCACGAUUCUUUGGAAUAAGAUCUAUGAGGACUUCAUUGAGGCCCUCGACGCUCAUGACAACGGCAUCAGCGCGUAUGACACCAAGGCCCUCCAGGCGGCAGGCAUCGAGAAGCGCUUCUCCGACGGCGGCUUCACACUCGGCGCCAUGGUCGGUCGUCUGAACCCCAACUGGAACGACCCCCGCCCCUCCGACCCGGCCGCCUGGCAAGCAAUCGAAGAUGAGAAGUUCUCCAAGGCAUCCACCAAGAUCGGCGCCGAGUUCAGCAGCACCCUCUCCUACCUCACCACUUCCUGGCUCCCCGCCCGCGAAAUCGUCCGCACCGCUUUCUCCAAGCGCCUCGACCACGAUUCCCAAGGCAGGAUCCUCGUAUUCGACGGCCAAUCCGUGCCCUGGAAAGACCACCUAUACAGACUCGAAUCGGAGCAGGGAGGCGACUCGAAGGUCGUGUACGUGCUGUACCCCGAGAGUCCGGCGGCGGGCGCGAAGUGGCGUAUCCAGGCUGUGAGCGUGACGACGGAUUCGUUUGAGAGCCGCAAGCCGCUGCCGGAGGGGUGGAGGGGGUUCAGGGAUGAGAAGCUGGAUGAGAUUACGGGGGUGCCCGGGGGGGUGUUUGUGCAUGCUGCGGGGUUUAUUGGGGGGAAUAAGACGUUUGAGGGGGCGAUGGAGAUGGCGAGGAAGGCGUUGGAGUAGAUGUGGGGAUGGGGAAAUGGAGGGGGUGGUGUAGUUGAUGCUAUGGGGUUAAAAAGCUAUAUAACGUAUCAAAACAAUCAUGGGUUGAGGGGCGUUUGGGAUAUAAUUAUUGUAUGGCGUUGGGCUCUGGCAAAAAGUAGAACUCUUGAUAGUUCAUCAUAAAAACGAAGCCCCAAAAUCGCGACGAAAUACUUUGACCCCCCAUAUUGAAGGUUCACAUUUAGUAGAGCAUUACAGCGAUCAUCGCAGUCCCAUAGAGUACUAGCACAUUAAUAACACCCUG